AUGGGCCUGACGGGCAUCGUCUGCAAGACCAUCUUGUACGGCACCAACAAGGUCGAGGUCAUUGGGCUCGACAGGUUUCUGCAACGGCUCGAGAAGAGAAAGGACGUUGAGAAGCGCGAGCGCGGGCUCCUCACCGUGAGCAACCACAUCAGCGUUGUCGAUGAUCCUCUCAUGUGGGGUAUCAUGCCUUGGAGAUACAUCUUCAACCCUCAGAGCCUACGAUGGGGUCUCGGCGCGCAUGAUAUAUGUUACGCAAACCCCCUCUUCUCAAACUUCUUCAUGGCGGGCCAGACCCUGCCCAUGCACCGGCUGCAGCACUCGCCAGACGGCGGCGGCCUCUUCCAGCCCACCGUGACCCAGGCCAUCCGCCUCCUCUCUUCCCAGCCCUACGGCAAACCUCUCGUCGGCCCAUCACUAACGCCAGCGUCCUCUUCGUCAUCACAGACCACAACCCCACCCGCAGCAGACUCGGACCCCUUCACCACCGGCGCCCUGACCUACUCCACCACCCCGACCGACCGCUGGCCCGCGCCCUCGGCCUACCCUUCCAACCGCCACUCCUGGGUGCACGUCUUCCCCGAGGGCCUGGUCCACCAGCACCCGGACCGGGGGCUGCGGUACUUCAAGUGGGGCGUCGCCCGGCUCAUCCUCGAGUCCGAGCCCGCGCCCGACGUCGUGCCCAUCUUCGUCGACGGCACCGACCGCAUCAUGCCCGAGGACCGCGCCUUCCCGCGCUUCCUGCCCCGCCUCGGCCAGCGCGUGCGCGUCGCCGUCGGCGACGCCGUCGACUUUGAGCAGACCUUUGGCGACCUGCGGCGCCAGUGGGCCGCGCUCGCGGAGCGGUCGGCCCGCCGCCGGCGGUGGGAGCUGCGCCUGCUCGAGGACGGCGGCCGCCGCGGGAAGGGCGGAGCGGCGGAGGAGGAGGAGGAGGGGAGAAGAGAAGGGACCGUCACGAUGAUGGGCGAGCUGAGCGACGACCUCAAGUACGGGGCCGAGGCCGAGGCCAUCCGGGUCGAGGUCGCCCACCGGGUGCGCAACGAGAUCCUCAAGCUGCGCCGGAGCCUGGGCUACCCGGACGAGGACCCUGCGCUGGGGCUGGCCGAGACGUGGGCCAAGGACCCUCACAAGAAGCAGUAUAAGAGUAAUGUCGAUGGCAGUUUGGUGAACCAGGAGUGA